CCGUCAUCAAAAUAAUUUGAAUGAACUGGAACCGCCUGGCCGCCUACUGUCAUUUUCUCGACACUGCAUCAUCACUUCUCGCAUACUCCUUUACCUUUUACCUGUAUCCUAACCCUUUAUAUUUGUCCCGCCUUUUCCUCUUUCAUUUCUCACUAAUACCGACUCUAUUGCCCCACCAAAGCCCCCGACCCCAUACAAUAACAAUCAGCCUUCCUGUAGACAUACCAGCCGAACGUAUCGCUUUCUUUUCGUGGUAGCCCAGGCAACUCAUAUACUCAUUCUUCAAACAUGUCGGAACGCAUUCUGAUGAAUGAGUACAAAACAUUGUCCAAGGAGCCUUGGGUUAAUAUCGAGUUCAAUGAAGAAAACAUUCUUGAAUGGACAGUUGCUUUGAUUGUUCUCAAUCCAGAUUCCCUUUACUAUGGUGGUUAUUUCAAGGCCAAGAUGACCUUCCCCAAAAAUUAUCCUUACUCGCCCCCCGAUUUCAAGUUUCUCCGUCCGCUCUAUCAUCCGAAUAUCUAUCCUGAUGGAAAGUUGUGUAUUUCCAUUCUUCAUGCUCCCGGCGAGGAUGAAAUGUCUGGCGAGAGCGCUGCCGAACGCUGGUCUCCGGCGCAACGUGUCGAGUCGGUUCUGAUAUCUAUUUUAUCGCUACUUGAUGACGCCGAAGUGUCCUCUCCCGCCAAUGUCGACGCCGGCAUCAUGCUCCGCAAGAAUCCGAUCGAAUACAAGGCUUUGGUCCGGAAGGAUGUGGAAACUGCAAAGAAGGACAUUCCAGAGGGCUUUAUUAUGCCUUCGGCGGAACAGCUGAACAAGCCCAAAGAGAAAGAAGACGACCGCGAGUUCUGGUACGAUUCAGACGAUGAUCAUGAUCUUGGCGGAAGCGAUUCGGACGCAGAAAUGACGUUUGACGAAGACGAUGAGGACGACGAAGAUCAGGAUCCCGACAGUGCCACCGAGGGCGAAUAAGCAAGUGAAAUAUCUGGUCUUAUUGCAGAUGGAUGCUUUGCAGAUCAGUAGCUUGGAAUUCUCGCAUCGCGCGGCCUUGCUUCUUUGCCGGCAAAGAAGCCCCUUGGCUGCGGUGAUGAAAGAGAUCCAGGCCAUCGACUACUCUAGGAUCUUGUGGCAUAUGUUUCAUGUUACAUGCGUGGCGUUGUGGGAAUCAUCAUGGAAGCAUAGCGUUGGUUGAAUUCUGUUUUUGCCUUUUGCUGCAAUGUCGGCUCCACUUGUUGCAUUUUCAGCCGGAUAUAUUAGAGAUCUUCCUUCUCAUUUCAACGUAAAUGUCAUUUGGUAUGUCUGAGCCUGUAUGCUGGACUUGCAUGGCCUUCAAUCGGCAAACCUAUGACGGCAUCAUCCUCUUUUCUUAUUUUAUCAGCGUCAUCUACAUAGAACAAAUGAUCAUUCUCCGCAGAUUUCUUCUAUUUUCGACAAUUAAACUAUAGC